AUGAAUUGUAACUUUACAAAUACUUUUAUGUUUGUUUCAUGAGGUUUUAACAUGAAGAAUGUCACUGAAGUUACUAUGUUUGUACUGAAGGGCUUCACAGACAAGCUGGAACUGCAGAUCCUCUUAUUCUUCCUGUUCCUAGCAAUUUACCUGUUUACUCUGAUGGGAAAUUUAGGGUUGGUUGCAUUGGUGAUUGGGGAUUCCCAGCUCCACAACCCCAUGUACUAUUUUCUGAGUGUGUUAUCAUCCGCAGAUGCUGGCUUUUCCUCCGUAAUUACACCGAAUAUGUUAGUAGGUUUCCUGUCAACGAAUAAUGUCAUUUCAUUCCUUGGAUGUGCAACACAGAUGUUUCUCGCUGUUACUUUUGGGACCACAGAAUGCUUCCUCUUGGCUGCAAUGGCAUAUGACCGCUACGUGGCAAUCUACAACCCUCUCCUGUAUCCAGUUAGCAUGUCACCCAGAGUCUACGUGUCACUCAUCGUUGCUUCCUAUGUUGGUGGCAUUUGGCAUGCUUCUAUACACACAGUGGCCACAUUUAGCCUAUCUUUCUGUGCGUCCAAUGAAAUUAGACAUGUCUUUUGUGACAUCCCUCCUCUCCUUGCUAUUUCUUGUUCUGACACAUACACAAACCAGCUUCUACUCUUCUACUUUGUGGGUGCAAUUGAGAUAGUCACCAUCCUGAUAGUCCUGAUGUCCUAUGGUUUCAUUCUACUGGCCAUUCUGAGGAUGCAUUCUGCUGAAGGGAGGAGAAAAGUAUUUUCUACAUGUGGCUUUCACCUAACUGGAGUGACAAUUUAUCACGGAACAGUUCUCUUCAUGUAUGUGAGACCAAGUUCCAGCUACACUUUGGAACAUGACAUGAUAGUGUCGACAUUUUACAGCAUCGUGAUUCCCAUGCUGAAUCCCAUCAUCUACAGUCUGAGGAACAAAGAUGUGAAAGAGGCAAUAAAAAGAGUAUUUGGGGGAAACAGGUGUAUCAACUAA